GAUCUAUGCUGCUUACCUCGACCACGUUCACCUCCCGUCCAACGACUCCUCACAACAUAUCAUCUAGAAUAUGGACUUCCGUCGACUCACACCACAAAUUCAGUGUCGAUUGCUCUAUUCUGCCUUAGCUACCUAUUAGCUGAUAAUGACAUGGAUUUAUGGAUGAAAUAUAUUUGCGUUGCAGGACUCUUUAUUUAUUGCGCGAGCAUUGUUGUUGGAAGGAUUUAUUGCGGGAUGCAUGGAUUUUGUGACAUCACGGUUGGAAUAAUUCUUGGGAUAUUUGUGUGGUGGGAGCAAAUAACUUUUCAAAAACAAAUCGACGAUUUCAUUUUGAGCGAUAGUUUUUUUGUUCCAACUAGUACUAUUUUAGGUGCAAUCUCUUUGAUAUAUUUCUUUCCCGAACCAAUAGAUAAAUGCCCAUGCAUCGAAGACUGGUAG